AUGGAGAAAAUAAGAAUCAUAAGUGAAAAUUCAACAACAGCUAAUGGUGGUUUUUUAACUAUUAACCAAUUGGAUACAAUAAUCACUGAAAAACUGCCACAGCAGGAGGAUGUUUUAGAGAGCAGUUUGUUGAAAGCUCCAGAAGAAAAAUGGCCACAAACCGAAAAUGGAUUAUCUCGAAAAGAACUAUCACCAUCUCAUACCAAUGAAGAGCAAACCCGAAGUCCCGACCUUUACAGCAAUCUUUUCGGCCCAAAGAUCAGUGGUAGCGAAAACAUUCCCGGAACACCAAUGGAUACGCAGGAUAUAGCUUCAGAAUUCAACAAAAGUUUCAAUUCAAGCACAACUAGUAUUAUCAACGAACGACGAAGAUCCUCCUCCAUGCUGCGUAGCUAUUCAAUCGAGAAUGAUCAGAAAUAUAUCGGAAUGACAGUAGAAACACAAAACUCUUUGAGUGACCAGAUUGGAACUGGAACUACGCAAGAAGGACGCCACUUUCGAACAGCAAAUGCCGAAAAAAAUAAUUUCCUUGCAAAAGGUAGUUUACGAAAUCUUCUCAAAUUACGCAAAGCCUCCGAUCAGUCAGAUACACGGCGUUCGAGUCAACAAGAUAAAGAGGGAUUAGAUCCAGAAUCGCUGAUGUUCCGUGAUGGUCGUCGAAAGAUCGAUAUGGUGUUAUGCUAUGAGGAGGAUAAUCAAGGUGUAAUGACCGAAUUGGAAGCAUUGAAGCGAAACCAACGAAAGCUAUUCCAAGAAAAUCUCGUACGGGAGGGAUUAGAAUUUGAGGUAGAAGAUAAAGCACAAGCAUUCGAUGGUAAAACUUAUUUCAUUAAAAUUCACAUACCCUGGCGAACAGAAUCGCGUUACGCAGAAGUGAUGAACUUAAAACUACCUGUCAAAAGAUUCAUUACUAUCAGUGUAAAGGAGGAAGAAACGGCACUACGUCGGCAACAAAACAAGAUUCUAAGUUAUUGGAACAGGCUAAUGUCGCUUACAGAGUAUAACCAUGGACGUAUUGAGAAUGAACCUUCCUUUUAUUCAGCCACAGCAAAUGGAAACCCAGAAGAACAAUUUAUCGUGAAAGAUCGUUGCACUUCGUAUACGAGCGCUCAACGUAGCCUUAUCGUAAUGCAGAUCCUAAUGAGAACGAGAUUCGAUGAGACGGAGAAGGUUAACAACGUGGGCAUACGACGGCUACUGAACGACGGCACGUACCUUGCAUGUUUUCCACUGCAUGAAGGCCGUUACGACACAAAUCAUUCUUCUGGAGCUGAAUUCGAUCGGCGGCUUCUGUACCUGGAGUGGGCUCGACCCAUCAAAUGGUACAAAAAGCAACCCCUUUGUCUCGUAAGAAAAUAUUUCGGGGAUAAAAUUGCGCUUUACUUUUGUUGGCUUGGUUUUUACACUAAAAUGCUUUACGCACCGGCCAUAGUAGGGCUAUUUUGUUUCCUGUAUGGCUUGGCAUCCAUGGACUCCAGUGAUAACAUUCCAACGAAAGAAAUCUGUGAUCAGAACGGUCCUGGCAAAACAAUUCUGUGUCCUCUGUGCGAUCGAGCCUGCAGCUAUCAACAACUUCACGAGUCGUGCUUUUUCGCUCAGCUUACAUAUUUAUUUGACAAUCCGUCAACCGUGUUUUUUGCUAUUUUCAUGUCCUUCUGGGCAACAACGUUCUUGGAGUUGUGGAAGCGUAAACAAUCAGUGUUAGUGUGGGAGUGGGAUCUACAGAACAUUGAAAAUGAAGAAGACAUGCGUCCAGAAUUUGAAACUACUGUUAAAACAUAUCGAAUCAAUCCUGUAACGCGAGAGAAGGAACCUUAUAUGCCAACAUGGACCCGAGCAAUCCGUUUCAUGGCAACAUCCAGCGCCGUUUUAUUCAUGAUUUCGAUCGUGCUUGGCGCUGUUUUGGGAACUAUCAUAUAUAGAAUUUCACUUGUUUCGGUAAUCUACAGUGGAGGUGGAUCAUUUUUUCGUACUCAUGCUAAAUUAUUUACCACAAUGACUGCAGCGUUAAUUAAUCUUAUCAUCAUCAUGCUUCUUACGAAAAUAUAUCAUAGGUUAGCUUUAUAUCUAACGAAUCUGGAAAAUCCACGAACUCAAACGGAAUACGAAGACUCUUAUACGGUGAAAAUUUUCGUUUUUGAAUUCAUGAAUUUCUACAGUUCGUUAAUUUACAUAGCAUUCUUCAAAGGCCGGUUUUAUGAUUACCCUGGCGAUGAUGUUGCACGAAAAAGUGAAUUUCUUCGCUUAAAAGGUGACAUUUGUGAUCCAGCUGGAUGUCUCAGUGAAUUAUGCAUUCAGUUGGCUAUCAUCAUGGUAGGGAAACAAUGCUGGAAUAACUUCAUGGAGUACUUUUUCCCUGCUUUUUAUAACUGGUGGCGACAGCGGAAACAUAAACAGCUUACAAAAGACGAAACGCAUUUACACAUGGCAUGGGAACAGGAUUAUCACUUGCAGGAUCCAGGCAAAUUAGCACUCUUCGAUGAAUAUUUGGAAAUGAUCGUCCAGUAUGGAUUUGUAACGCUGUUUGUCGCCGCAUUCCCGUUGGCACCUUUAUUUGCACUGUUAAACAAUAUUGCAGAAAUUAGAUUAGAUGCAUAUAAAAUGGUAACGCAAUCCCGAAGACCACUUGCCGAACGGGUCGAAGAUAUUGGGGCCUGGUACGGCAUACUGAAGAUAAUAACAUAUACAGCUGUUGUGUCUAACGCGUUUGUGAUCGCGUAUACGAGUGACUUCAUUCCACGCAUGGUUUAUAAGUACGUUUACUCGCCUCAAUUUACCUUACACGGAUACAUCGAACACUCAUUGUCCACUUUCAACACAUCUGAUUAUAAAGAAGAAUGGGGCACCAAGACCGAAUCGGAUCCUGACACUUGCCAAUAUCGCGGAUAUCGAAAUGGCCCCGAAGCAGACGAACAAUAUGGACUAAGUCCUCAUUAUUGGCAUGUGUUUGCAGCUCGUUUGGCGUUCGUAGUCAUUUUCGAACACAUAGUGUUCGUUCUCACCGGUAUCAUGCAGUUCAUUAUACCGGAUAUACCGAUUGAAGUAAAGACCCAGAUUCAACGUGAACAGCUGUUAGCCAAGGAAGCAAAAUAUCAGCAUGGUUUGAAAAAAUCACGUGAAACUGACUAUGAGGAAAUAUUACACACUCUUCGUGAACAAAGCAACAACAGUAGGCAAGGUAUGCGUGGUAGCUGGGCACGGCGCUUAAGUAGACUUAGUGAUGGUCUGGAUGCACACGUUGAAGUUCCAAAUCGACCAAGACAUUCUUUAGAAUCUACUGUUUGGGAAGUUACUUAGCAUUAGCUAAUAACGACGUAGGUUUUAUCUACCUAAAUUAACAUGAGAGUAAUGGGUUUAAGUUUCGUUGUUAUUCUACAAAAUUUCUUAA